CAGCCCCGCUUCCUGCCUCUUCAGCCCCAGCCACAUGCCUCCUCGGCCCCCAGGCAUCAGCCUCCUCAGCCCCCAGGUAUCUGCUUUCUCAAUCCCCGGCCCAGCUAGGAGGUGUGUCUAUUUGAGCACCGUGAUCCAGGUGCUUUACGCUCAGCUGGCUUGGAGGCCCUGUGAUGAGUUUGCAAGUUGGACCGUGUUUGGAGUAUCUGAAGGACUCCGUGUGGAAGGUGUUUGCACCCUCUUGAGCUGCCCUGUCUCCCACUGUGGCACCUUACACCUCUGGUUAAACCUGUUGUUCAGUUUUGCUUUUUAUCACUCUGGAAAUUUCUUCAGAAGAGGAGGAAUGCAUUUCAUUUGCAGAGAGCGUAUGUUGAUUCACAUGUCACAUCUAGAGCUACUCUGUCAGAUGUCCUGAAGUUCCUGUCGGAGACCAUGCCAUCAUACCUGUGUACUCCACUUGUGACUGCAACAUGCUGCAGAAGGGGAUCUGACUCAUACCUGCCCUGCUUGGACACCUGUUUGUGAGCGCUCCUGUUUGCCAUUAGAAAGUUGCUUCUUCACAAGUGUACUACAUAACAAUUGCAAGCUUCUCUUCCAGAGAAGCCAGUGAUUUAUUCCAGCCAUGUCACUAGCUCAAGGGGUUUCACAGCCCUCUGACUCUGUGGACUUUUGUUAGUCACACUGAGAACUGGUGACCCACAACGUUAAUGUUGAGCGUGUUGUGUUUUAAGGUUUUGAGGAAAAUGCAGAGACGGCAUAGCAGCAACACUGACAACGCUCCUCCUGAAAGAAACCGGAGCCAAACAGUCAGUUCUGAAACCAGCGUGGAUGAAAGCGGAGUUUUUGAAAGUCUAAAGGCUGAAACUUCCUCACCACAACAGCUGUUCUCAGGCCUGGCAGGUAUCCCAUCGGGUACCAUCACAGCCACGCCAUUCCAGUCAGGUUUGGUUCUGGGCUCUUCAGCAGGAGGUGGGGAAGUAUUCAUUCAGAUGCCAACCCCAAGGGAGGAAGGAAGCAGUCGUACAGAAGGAGCCCCGUUUCACCACCGGCAACAGUCCCAUCAUUUCCACCAUGGCCAUCACCGGGGUUCAUCCCUGCUGCACAUGGCCGGGGGGGACCGCCACGGGCAUGCUGAGGAAGGCAGUGAUGAACAGGCCGGGACUCCAGCCCCAGCUCUUUCAGAGUUAAAAGCUGUGAUCGGCUGGCUGCAGAAGGGACUUCCGUUCAUCUUGAUCCUCACAGCUAAAGUUUGUUUCCAGCAUAAGCUUGGGAUUGCUGUGUGCAUUGGUAUGGCCAGCACGUUCGCAUAUGCCAACUCAACGCUCCGAGAACAGGUUGCUCUGAAGGAGAAAAGAUCAGUAUUGGUUGUCUUCUGGAUCCUGGCCUUUCUCACCGGAAACACCUUCUACUUGCUUUACACAUUCAGCUCCCAGCAGCUGUACAACAGCCUUAUAUUUCUGAAACCCAACCUUGAGAGACUGGACUUCUUUGAUCUGAUGUGGAUCGUGGGGAUCACGGACUUUGUGCUGAAGUAUCUCACCAUUGCAUUGAAAUGCCUAAUUGUUGCCUUGCCUAAGAUCAUCCUAGCUGUUAAGUCAAAGGGAAAGUUUUAUUUGGUUAUUGAAGAGCUGAGCCAGUUGUUCCGAUCCCUUGUCCCCAUCCAGCUGUGGUAUAAAUACAUCAUGGGAGAUGACCCAUCCAGCAGCUACUUCCUAGGAGGGAUUCUGAUCAUCCUGUAUAGCCUCUGCAAGUCUUUUGACAUCUGUGGUCGCGUGGGAAGUGUCCGGAAGGCACUGAAAGUCCUUUGCACCCCACAGACCUAUGGAGUUCGUGCCACCAGCCAGCAGUGCAGUGAGGCAGGUGACAUCUGUGCCAUUUGCCAAGCAGAGUUCAGGGAACCUUUGAUCCUUAUGUGCCAGCAUGUGUUUUGUGAAGAAUGCCUCUGCCUCUGGUUUGACAGGGAGAAGACCUGUCCUCUUUGUCGUUCCGUCACAGUAGAAACCCUGCGUUGCUGGAAAGAUGGCACCACCUCUGCUCAUUUCCAGGUGUAUUAAAACCAACACAUACCAACAAAUGGACUGACGUGUGGAGAGAAGGAAGAGACAGAAACCUGGUGAUCCCAUGCCCCUAUUUCAUUGCCUGGUGUUUCUUCCAGCUCUGUUUCUCCAAGAACCAAUAGAACAACAAUUGUUACUAGCCAGAAGUUUUACCCUCAAAGGCAAGUAAGAUGUGUCUUGUUUUGUGGCAACCUCCAUGGCUAAGCUACAGCCAGGAUUUUUUCCUGAACUUACGUGGUUAUAAACUGCUUGGUAUGUUUCCUUUUUUUCUGUCCUUUUAGUGUAGGUAAAUACUGCAUGUAUAAGGAAAGUGUACUGUCAAUUCACUGCUGCACGUGUAUAACCUGGUGUACUAGAAAAAGGCUGUUGUUCUCUGGCUCAAAGCAUGGGUGAGAUUUUUCACAUUAAAUGUCUAACUUCCCUGUAUCCGUAGCUUCAUAAAAUUACAUAGUUGCUGUUACAUUACCAGUUCAGAACUCUUCUAAAACACCACUUCAGAAUUACAUGCCCAAAGAUUAUUUGGGGGUUGGAGAAAUGUCAUUUCUCAACAGCCAUGUUUUUAUAUUAAUUCCACAAAUUGUGUCGUCACCUUCAUGAAAAGACCAUGCUAGGGACGCUGGAACUGACACUUGCUUUUCUUGGGAGUGUUUUUCCUCUUUAAUCUUCAUGAUCAGACUUUCUGAUUUUGUAGCAUCUGGGGAGAACCAUGGGAGGCAAGGAGAGAUUAAAGUUGUUUGAUUUGACUAUGUGAGAAGUUAAGGUCCUAACCAAGACCCUCUCAAAACUUAAGGUAUCUCUGCAAUGUGCUCCUCAGCACAGCCACCUGGGACAAGGCUUACUGGCUUUAAAAUCCAGCACCCCUCAGCAUCCAGAACCUGUGUGGGUCCAAAACCAGAAGUGUACCAGCAUACUCAUGCAGCACUGAGUCCACAUUGUGCUGUUGCUUCCAGAAAGGCUGGGGCACCAGGAUACAGGGCCCCCCGGAGAGACUGGAUUUAGUGAGAUGUAGUAGCUGGAGGGCAGAAUUAUACAGAAGCAGCUGCAUUGCUUCAAGAGCCAGCCUGGUUUAUACACAAGCUGGAUAAUCCACCUGUGAGGUGGAGACUUGAUUGUAACACCUCCGCUUCAGAAAACGCUCUUUGAGGAGAAGAGAUUGCUGCAAUUUCCAUCUCUACUGAGGGUGCUGCAGGAGCACUUGCAUGCAAAUCGAGUUGCUGUUCCUUUGCUGGAGCUUUCUCCAUCACUAAACAACCUCUGCUUUUUGCUGUAUGCCCAGAGAAAGUGCCUCAUUAGGCAACUGUGGCAUCUUCCAGUGCUCAUUGCUAUGGAAAUGGCCGUAAGGUUACAAUCCCACUUGAGUGGAUAAUCAGGAAGAACUGUACCUGGGGGAAAUGAGCCUAUGUGUGUGUACCGCCUGCUGCCUUCCCCUCCUGCCGUGAAACUCCACAGGGAGAAGAAUUAAAGCAAACAGGAGCUAAUGGUAACAGGAUUAAGGCUCAACAUUUCUUUGGAAAUAAUAGUUAAGUAUGGCUAGAGGAGAAAUGAUGAGAGGCAGAGCCUGAGCGGGGAAGAUAGUCCAAAUCUGGUUUGAGAGAUACAGGGAAGUAGAGGAGGAAUAGCUUUACUUUUCAUAACAAAGCAAUUUGAUUCUUGUCAAAUGGAUCCCAUGACAGAGGAGAACUGAGCCAAGGAAUCCAGUGGCUGUCUCCAGUGGGAAUAGACUUUCUGGGAUGGAGAAAGAGAGUUCAGGAAGGAAGUGAGGUUUUCAGUGGGCAUAAAAAUGUUGUUCUGCAUGAGUCUGGUAUAUUCACCAGGAAAAGGGAAAAUUCCUGUCUGCCGACAGACUUUAAUUUAAUAUGAAAGUCUUCAGCUUCAGUUCUCAGUGCUAUGCCAAUUAAUUAAAAGGUUGGUAGUGUCUGCUUUUGAAAUGUUUGAAAAGCUACCUCUAAUGUUUUUCUAAAUGCUCCUGGAAUAUGUAUUUCGAGAGAGUAUGAAAAGGUCAGUAUGAGCCUAAAACUACAAAUAGCAUUUGUAGCAAUGGUUCAGAAUUAUUUAUUUAUUUGUUUUAGUUUAGUGAUAAAGAAGGAAGGUAAUCAACAAGAACGUAUGGGGAAUAUAUUUUGCCGUUCUUAUAGUCCUUCUCUUUCUUUACUUUUUUUGUCUUUGUUGGCCAUUCUUUCCCAGUCAGCAAUCUGAGUAAGAGAGGACUGUCACUGUCACAUAACUUCAAACCCUUUGCUACAGCCCAAGGACUCAAAGAUCAUGUGGUAAGACUUGAUACUAGCACACAGUGGAAGAAUUGCCCUGUACCUUGUAUGCUUAUGGUACCCAUAUAAGAAACCCUGCACUGGCACCACAAUUUUUGAAGAACUUCUACUGCUUAAUUUUCAAUUUUCUUAAUCUCAGAGAUUCUUGAUUUUUGCUUUCCCCCGCUAUUAUAAAGCAGCAUUCUGGUUCCCAUACAGAUGUCUGGCUCCUCUGGUGACUUGUUUCAGUGGUAUCUGACACCUGUGGGCACGUAACUCAUUGCAGUGCUCCAUUUUCUUAAUACAACAGAAACUCAGGAAAGCUGCUGUUUGGCUAACCUUUGAGACAGAAGGCUUUUGUUGCUAUUUAAUGAGUUAUAUCAGUGACAAAACAGAGCACUGCUAUCGGUAUGUGAGGCCUUCAGUAUGGGAAGAGGCUGUAUUUGAGAGGGCAUGGGUGCCUGAGACUCUGUGGACCAUCCAGCACUCCACCUCUCUGUUAAGAUUAAUUAGUGUUAAACAUAAGGUGAAACUUUAUGCUGUGGAUAUUUAUUCUGGUGGAAGCACAGCAAGUCCCACAAGAUUGAAGGAUUCACUAUAUGCCACUAUUAUGUAGCUGUUAAAUUAAAACAACAUCCUGCUGUCUCUAUUUUGGGGCCUGGACACUGGAAAUGACAGCUCUGUGGGGUCAGCAGUCUGCCAAACUCUCCCUCCUCAGCUAAGUUACGGUGACGGGUUUGUCGGGCAGGAUAAUUCUACCCUCCUAAAACAUGACACUUGACCUUAAGAUGUACAGGGGUGGCAACUGAUGAGAAGCUUCUGUUGAUUUCCAUGGGAAGACAGGGUUGUGAAAGGAAAUUAUUCCCUCAAAUUUUAGAGUGGAAAAUAAAAGCCGGAGCCUUUUUUUGCCAUUUAACAGUAGUUUUUCUUUUUUUUAAUAAAGUCAUUAUAAAUAUGUA